AUGACUUCUUCCUCUUCAUGUUUUGUCGUCGGUUCUCUGGCAGUUUUGUUACAAUUUCUCUUUGUCUCUGCUUCAACAAAACCCAUCGACGCCAUAUGCCAUAGUGUCACCGACAAAACCUUCUGCGUCAAUACUUUGAACGCAUAUCCUCCCGCGGCUUCUGCCACCAGCACGCUCCAAGCGGUUAAAGCAGCGCUCAGGCUUAGCAUAUCCUAUGCCGGGAAGUCAGCAAGGUUCGCGGCAAAAGCAGCAAACGAGAAUCCAAACAUGAAGAAGCAGUUCGCUGCGUGUAAGGAUGCCUAUGAGACCAUUAUAGCAUCUAUCAAGAGUGCUGCCGGAGAACUCAAAGUAUCUCCAGACACGGCUAACUAUGAUGUCAUGGUUUGUACGGACAGCACCACAAUCGUGAAGAAUUUGGUCAGGAAAAAUGUAGACAAGGAUUCAAAGAUAGUUAUAAAGAUGACAUUGAUGAUGGAGAGGCUUCUUCGUAUUGCUGUUGGAGCCACAGUUGCUGUUGGUGGGUAA